UUCUGAUGACAUUAUGUUUAUUCUAAACAUGAAGGUUACAAAAAUAAUAAAAUUUAUGCAUAAAUUAUUUGAAACUUAGCCGUAAUAUCCGUGUUUGACUAUUUAUACAAGUCUCAAGUAUUGCACGUUUCGACAACAAAUGAGUGAUGUUUAACUAGCCAAUCGUUUUCCUCGACGCAUUCUCGUUUACUACGGCUUGCGCGAGGCGCAACACGUGCGUUUCAAUAUUUUAUCAGCUCUUCUCAAGUGCACGAUAACAGUGGCGCAUCAAGAAAUCAACUCGACCUUGUAGAGUCAUUUUACUUGUGAAAUUCUGAUAAUGCUAUAAAUCACAGAUCGAUUAAUGUUAUCAGUGUAAGUGGAAGACUAUCGAGAGCGCGUCACGCUCGGGUAACCGUUCCCGUGGUAGCCAACAGUAAACAUCGCGUGAUCGAUAGCGGCUUCGCGUGCCGGCAGCGGCGGGUGGUGGAGCCAGCAGUCGCCUAGUCGCCCCGCAUCCGAGUGGAGCGAUGCGCGUCUAGCAGCACCAGGGAACAAUGAGUGCGCCUUGACCUUGCGGCGCGGGGGGGCGGCGCGCGAUGACGCCAGCGCGGUCGGCACGCUGCUCGGCUUUCGGGUGCGAUCCUCCGCGGCCGGCAUCCGCGUAAUCAGCGGUCAGCGCAAUUCCGGAGUCGGAUCGAAAAUACCGGGGCGGGUGGGCGGCACUCCGACGCUGGAGACUCUCGCGGCGCUCUCAUUCCGCGAGCCGGCGCCGACGCCGACGCGCCUCGAACGACCGACCGACCGAGCCGACUCUCACCGACUGAAUGUACCACGACAUGCGCGUGCACCGACAUGGGUAACGUGCAGUGCUGCGCCAGCGGACGCUUCCACGAAGGCAAACCGCCUAAGAAGCCGAAGAUUAAGAAGAAUAAGUUGAAAGGGAUCGAUAAAAAGACUAACGGUGUGGGUAAGGGUAACGGGAGUGUUAAAGUGGUGAACGUAACGAAAGACGCAUCUGAGCGACCUGCGCCCGUAGUCGUCCCGGCGCAGACGCAGGCCGCUCCAGCGGUAGAAGCUCCAGCUUCGACUGCCACAGAUGACUCCAAGCAUAAAACCGAAACCGACAACAACAGCGCUGGUGACAACACAUCACGCGGAGAAACUAUGGCAGAAGCGAGGGAACGUUUUUUUAGUCAGAUUCCUCUCGAUGGCAACAGCUUGAAACAUAACGGCAGCACCAAGGACCUUGCCUCAGUCAUGGAGAACCUGAAAAAGACCUCACUGGUCAGCCGGCAGAAUCAGAGUCUGAACACACAAGUGGCCAGCUCCGCCCAGCAGAUGGUUUCUAGUACAACAUCAAGCAGUGCAGCGACGAGCCAGCGUGUGCAGAGCUCGUCGCAGAGACUUCAGCACAUGACAACCUCCGAAAUGAAGGCUAGUUCGAUGAAGUCCGACCUCACAGAACUGAAGAGUUCUAUAUCCGAGAUGAAGAAUUUGAGCAACACAGCUGCGAGAAACUUUGGAGGACGGUUGCGAAGUUCAAUGGAGAAUAUCGUGGAUCAAGACGGUCUGCCGGACCAACAUCUGGAUAUUCGUGACUUAAGCGAUAUGGGUGAUAUUGGUGAUAUGGGUGACAUGAGUGAGCUCGCGGGGGAUGGUCCGUUGGUGACUUUUCCUGAAUCCGAUACACCUCCACCCAUUGUCGACAAGCCCUCUUUACUGUCUGCCAGCACAGCAUCGGUUGGCUCAAACGCUGCAAACGAGUUAAAAUACAGCACAGCUCGUGUAACGUCUGCAAGUUCAACACGUGUGGUGGCUGAUGGAUACAGUGCCUCAAGAUCAGCAGCAAACAGUGCAAAAAUGCGUCGUUUACAACACGGCGACGUACACUACGCGGAACACAGCGCUGCCGGAGCGUCCCACCGUUUGUUGCAAGCUGAAGGACUUACAGCAGAACAAAAUGCAGCGUAUCUUCAGGAGCAGAGAUCACUAAGAGCUGGGGAAGUGUCUGCUCAAGAAGCAAACAACAUGUCCGCGUCGAGCUCAAGACUGCAAACAGAAGCAUUCAGUGCGGCGAAGAAGGCGAUGGCCACUGCACAAGCCCGUCAGACGGUCACGUCGAGCGGGAUGUUCAGCCACAAAGAACACUCCAGUAUUGCGCAAUCUAAUAUGACAAUAUCAAGCAAAAAUAUGUCAACCAAAUCAACACUUCUUUCCUCUCAGAUGAGUCAAAUGUUGAACGGAACCGUAAAACCCGGUGACGAGGACCUCAGCAAUCUAACGUUUGACGAUUUGGACAGAUUGAAUGGAAAUUCAAAUCAAGCUGAUGUCGAAACCGCCAUCCAGAAAUAUUCGUCCCGAAUGAAUGCUUUUAUUUCAUCAUUAAAGAAUAAUCAAAUGGAUAUGAAUAAUGCAUCACAACAUUUCAACAAAUUAAACGAAAUGCUAAGAAGAGCAUGGGCUGUACCAACAUACGGACAUGAGGUUGGAUAUUCGCUUUGCAACACUCUAAGGUUAUCCGGUGGCCUGGAUAUUUUGAUGGCAAACUGUUUGGAGUCCAGCAAUCCUGAUUUGCAAUUCUCGUCAGCUAAACUUCUCGAACAGUGCCUCACGACUGAAAAUAGGGCGCAUGUUGUAGAAAACGGACUCGAAAAAGUUGUGAAUGUAGCCUGUGUAUGUACAAAACAUGCAAAUUCAGUCGACCAUUCAAGAAUAGGCACUGGAAUCUUGGAACACUUGUUCAAACACAGUGAAAGCACCUGUAGUGAUGUUAUCAAACUAGGUGGUUUAGAUGCAGUUCUGUUUGAAUGCAGAAAGAAUGAUGUCGAAACUUUGAGACAUUGUGCAACCGCUCUUGCUAAUCUCUCCCUUUAUGGAGGCGCUGAGAACCAAGAGGCAAUGAUAAAGAGGAAAGUACCAAUGUGGUUGUUCCCUUUGGCGUUCCACACCGACGAUAAUAUAAAAUAUUACGCUUGUUUGGCUAUUGCAGUUUUAGUGGCUAAUAAAGAAAUAGAGGCUGCCGUCCUAAAGUCUGGUACACUAGAUUUAGUAGAACCUUUUGUAACAUCACAUAAUCCGUCCGAAUUUGCUAAAUCGAACCUUGCGCAUGCCCAUGGUCAAAGCAAAAAUUGGUUACAAAGGCUAGUACCAGUAUUGAGCUCUAAGAGAGAAGAAGCGAGAAACUUAGCAGCAUUCCAUUUCUGCAUGGAGGCUGGAAUAAAAAAGCACCAAGGAAACACUGAAAUAUUCAAAGAUAUUGGAGCAAUAGAUUCUUUAAAGAAAGUAGCGAGCUGCCCCAAUGCUGUGGCGUCAAAAUAUGCGGCACAAGCUUUAAGGCUUAUAGGGGAAGAAGUGCCACAUAAACUGUCGCAACAAGUGCCUCUUUGGUCAAUAGAAGAUGUUCGUGAAUGGGUGAAACAAAUAGGAUUUUCGGAAUAUGCUACCAAUUUUUAUGAGAGUAGAGUCGACGGCGAUCUGUUGCUACAAAUAACAGAAGAAAAUCUGAAAGAAGAUAUUGGUUUACAAAAUGGAAUCAAACGUAAACGAUUCACUCGAGAGCUUCAACAGUUGAAAAAAAUGGCAGACUACACAUCACGUGACACAAGUAGUUUGAAUGAUUUUCUUCAGACCAUUGGACCAGAGUAUACUAUUUACACUUACUCCAUGCUAAACGCAGGUGUGGACAAGCAAUCCAUUGGUGGAUUAAGUGAUGAGCAACUAGAGAACGAAUGUCGCAUAGUCAAUAGUAUCCAUCGCCUCCGGAUAUUGAAUGCCAUUAGAGCCUAUGAAAGCACCCUGCCGAGCAAAGGGGAAGAAAAUAUGGAGAAGAAUUUGGACGUUUUCGUGAGUUACCGCCGCUCUAAUGGUUCCCAAUUAGCCAGUUUGCUCAAGGUUCACUUACAGCUGAGAGGUUUCACUGUAUUCAUCGACGUUGAAAGACUGGAAGCCGGCAAGUUCGAUAACAAUCUACUCCAAAGUAUAAGACAAGCGAAACAUUUCCUAUUAGUUCUCACACCGAACGCUCUAGACAGAUGCAAAGGUGAUAACGAGCAAAAAGACUGGGUGCAUCGGGAAAUAGUGGCAGCUUUAGAAUCACAGUGCAACAUCGUACCUAUCACUGACAACUUCGAUUGGCCGAAAGCUGAAGAUCUCCCUGUGGAUAUGAGAGCGGUAUGCCAUUUCAAUGGCGUUCGGUGGAUUCACGAUUACCAAGAUGCCUGCGUAGAGAAACUUGAGAGUUUUCUACGUGGUAAAUCAAAUCUUACUAAUCGCCUGGAAGGGGCACUGCGUUGUCGAGGCGAUGUACAAACUCCUAGCACCGCAACAAUAGGCCGAGGACCACCUAACUAUCAACGUAUGGCCUCUUGCGAGAGCAGAGGGAGUGAUAAAGCAGAUUGACUAGAGUCGACCAUACAUGCACUGCCGCCUGUUAGACCACGUCGAAGCCGCCAAUCGUCCUUAGAAAAAGCUUUGCCAGCAAUCUCACAGAGCUGUGAUCAGUUAUCUAGUAGUAGCACAUCCAAAACCACAUCCCCCGAGAAAUCCUUGUAUAGCCUACCCGAAAGAUUAUCUGAAAGCAGUGAUAACUUAGAUCACUGCGAGUCAGAUAAAACUUCACGUAGGUGCCGCAGCUGCGAGGGCAUAUUAGAAGCAGACGAACAAAUGCACACGCAACUUUCCCUGCCCGCGCCACUAGACGCUGCAACACAAACUAAAAGGAAAAAGAACUUCAUGGACAGAUGUGUUAAUAAAGUGAGACUGUGCUGAUGCUUUAUCAAGACGUAUUGGAAUGUGAUACGAGUAAACAUGCUUGCAGAGUGUGUAUGGUUAUAGUGACUGCCUAUUGGACCUUUCGCAUUUUAUGUGAAUUCUAUUUUAAAGUACAAAUGUGCGCACAAUGUGUAAAUAUUUUGUGUAUGCCAUCUUAAUAAUUAGCUAGUUUGAACACAGCAAUCAAUUGGUAAAUAAAAAAAAGAUGUAAUCUCAAUGAGUGUGUGUGGGAGAUUUCAUGCGUCGUCGUGACAAGAUCGCUACCCUGUCAUGUUUUAAGAACAUCGCACGAGGUGGUGAUGGAUAUGUUGUGUAAUAUUAAACACUUGACGCCAGUUUUGCUAUUCAUGUAUUAUUAUUAGCAUUUCCUUCACUCUGGCAUAAUUUUAUCUCUCUAUUUCUUCGUCUUCUUCUAUGAAAUGAAUUUAACAAUUCUAUUGUUUAUGAUGCUUGUUGUUUAGUUCUUGCCAAUGAAGUAAUUGUGAAAAUAAAACAUACAAAAUUGUACUUUGCAUUGUGAUAAUCUAGAUCUUGUAGGAAUUAAAAUUUUAAGUAUAAAAGUAUGCCGACAUGGAAAUCGAAAUGUAUCUAGUACCGCUCCGUACUUAUUUAUUUCAGCACCCUUUAUUUUAUUAUUAUAUCAUGUACCUAUCGUAGUUUUAAAGGAAAUUGUACAAAAUUUUGCUUUUCGAUUUAUGUAGGUUACAUUAGUUCUUUAUAAUUUUAGUCAUUCAUUUUAACAAGUUAACCAUUAUAAAAUAUACAAAUGUACCUUGUCGAAAUUAUAUAUUUAUGUACUAGAUCUAACCACAAAUAAAUGGUAUUAGUAAAAGGAG